AGAAGCAGGAAGGCUGGCGCUGGCUCCGGGCUGCUGGCUGGGGCUUGGCUGGACCCCGGGGCUCCCAAGAACCCCCUUGCCCGUGCUGCGCCGGCCUGGGAGGGGUGUCCCCGUCCCCGACUGGACCCCGACACCAUGAGUGCCUGUGUCCGCCAAGGCAACGAGACCCAAUGUCCUGCUGGAUAGUUUCCUGGUGGCGAAGGCCCUCGAGGACCCCGGCGGAGUAGACGGGCCCCAGCCCGGGAGGACCUCACGCCAGGUGUCGUGGGAGGAGGUCGCGGCCACCAGCACAGGAGCCCCCGGGCGCUGCCUGUGACCCUCCGGCCCCGUCAUCAUGGCCAAGCCGGGCCGGGAGGUGGAGCUGAGCCGCCUGGUCCAGGACCGGCUGCCUGGCCCGGUGGCCCAGGGGAACAGGCCCCUCAACCUGGCCGACCACCUCCCCAAUGUGCCCAGCUACCGGCCCCCCCUCACCCGCAUUCCCGUCCUCGUCUCCCGGAGAACGGCCUUGUCCAGCUCCAGCUUCGCCAAGGAAACCAGGAGCUCCGUCCGUCUCCUAGUGCCCGCCACAAAGCAGCACCCAGAGGUGCAGGUGGAGGACGCAGACGCUGACCGCCAGCCGCUCAUCGUGGAGGAGAAGCCGGCCUCACCGGAGCGGCCGCCACCGUCGCCCGCCAAAUCGGACACCCUCGCCGUGCCGGGAUCAGCCGCCGGGACCCACAGGAAGCGGCUGCCCUCCCACGAUGACGAGGCUGAGGAACUUAGGGCGCUGUCUCCGGCCGAGUCCCCGGUGGUCGCCUGGUCGGACCCCACCACGCCGCAGGGCACUGAUGGCCAGGACCGCGCGGCCUCCACGGCCAGCCAGAACAGCGCCGUCAUCAACGACCGGCUACAGGAGCUGGUGAAGCUCUUCAAGGAGCGGACGGAGAAGGUCAAGGAGAAGCUCAUCGACCCGGAUGUCACCUCCGACGAGGAGACCCCCAAGCCCUCCCCGGCCAAGAAGCCCUCGGAGCCGGCCCCGGAGGAGAAGCCGGCAGAGGCGGAGCAGCCGGAGGAGGAGCACUACUGCAACAUGCUGUGCUGCAAGUUCAAGCGCCGGCCCUGGAAGAAGUACCAGUUUCCCCAGAGCAUCGACCCCCUGACCAACCUGAUGUACAUCCUGUGGCUGUUCUUCGUGGUGCUGGCCUGGAACUGGAACCUCUGGCUGAUCCCCGUGCGCUGGGCCUUCCCCUUCCAGAGGCCGGACAACAUCCACCUGUGGAUGAUGAUGGAUUACCUGUGCGACCUCAUCUACCUCCUGGACAUCACCGUCUUCCAGCUGCGCCUGCAGUUUGUCAGGGGGGGGGACAUCAUUACGGACAAGAAGGAAAUGCGGAACAACUACCUGAAGUCGCGGCGCUUUAAGAUGGACGUGCUCUGCCUUCUGCCUUUGGACUUUUUCUACCUGAAGGUGGGGGUGAACCCCCUCCUCCGCCUGCCCCGCUGCCUGAAGUACUUGGCCUUCUUCGAGUUUAACAACCGCCUGGAAGCCAUCCUCAGCAAAGCCUACGUCUACAGGGUCAUCAGGACCACGACCUACCUGCUCUUCAGUCUCCACGUCAACUCCUGCCUCUACUACUGGGCCUCCGACUACCAGGGCAUUGGCUCCACCACCUGGGUUUACGACGGUGUGGGGAACAGCUAUGUCCGCUGCUUCUACUGGGCCGUGAAGACCCUCAUCACCAUCGGCGGCCUGCCUGACCCGCAGACGCUCUUCGAGAUCGUCUUCCAGCUCCUGAACUACUUCACGGGCGUCUUCGCUUUCUCCGUGAUGAUUGGACAGAUGAGGGACGUGGUGGGGGCGGCCACCGCCGGCCAGACCUAUUACCGCAGCUGCAUGGACAGCACCGUCAAGUACAUGAACUUCUACAAGAUCCCCCGGACCGUGCAGAACCGGGUCAAGACCUGGUACGAGUACACCUGGCACUCACAAGGCAUGCUGGACGAGUCGGAGCUGAUGGUGCAGCUUCCCGACAAGAUGCGGCUGGACCUCGCCAUCGACGUGAACUACGACAUCGUCAGCAAAGUGGCGCUCUUCCAGGGCUGUGACCGGCAGAUGAUCUUCGACAUGCUGAAGCGGCUGCGCUCCGUCGUCUACCUGCCCAACGACUACGUGUGCAAGAAGGGGGAGAUCGGCCGCGAGAUGUACAUCAUCCAGGCCGGCCAGGUGCAGGUCCUGGGCGGCCCCGACGGGAAGUCCAUACUGGUCACGCUGAAGGCCGGAUCUGUGUUUGGAGAGAUAAGCUUGCUGGCCGUGGGGGGCGGGAACCGGCGCACGGCCAACGUGGUGGCCCACGGCUUCACCAACCUCUUCAUCCUGGACAAGAGGGACCUGAAUGAAAUCCUGGUGCACUACCCCGAGUCCCAGAAGCUGCUCCGGAAGAAGGCCAGGCGCAUGCUGAGACAGAACAAGUCCAAGGAGGAGAAGAAGAGCGUGCUCAUCCUCCCCCCGCGCGCGGGCACCCCCAAGCUCUUCAAUGCCGCCCUGGCAGCAGCAGGGAAGAUGGGUGGCAAAGGCGGCGGCAAGCUGGCACACCUGCGGGCGCGACUCAAAGAGCUGGCAGCACAGGAGGCAGCGGCCAGGCAGCAGCAGCUGCAGGAGCAACAGGCCAAGGGCGCAGAAGGAGAAGCAGGAGGGGCCGCAGCGGACCAGCCCACAGCCCCAGCGGGGGCCGCCCCGGACCAGGCCGCCCCACCAGCACCUGCCCCACCGGCACCUGCCCCACCGGCACCUGCCCCAGGGGCAUCUGCGCCGGCGCCCCCAGAGGCUCCGGCCGCUCCGGCCGCUCCGGCCGCUCCGCCCGCAGAGGCAGGCGGGGAAGGCGCGGCCGGGCCCUCGGAGCCCGCGGUGCGGAUCCGCAUGAGCCCGGGCCCGGACUCCGGGGAGCAGACGCUGUCGGUGGAGGUCCCCGAGAAGAAGAAGGACGGGGAGUGAGGCGCGGGUCCGGCAGGUGCUCUGAGGUUCCCGACCGCUAAGCUCCCCAGCCCCUGAGCGCGCCCCGGCUCCUGAGCGCCCCAACCCCAGCGUGCGCCCGUCUCUGAGCGCCCCAGUCCUUGAGCGCGCCCCAACCCCAGCGUGCGCCCGUCUCUGAGCACCCCAGUCCUUGUGCGCGCCCCAGACCCCGUGCGCCCCAACCCCAGCGUGCGCCCGUCUCUGAGCGCCCCAGCCCUCGCGCGCGCCCCAGGCCCUGUGCGCCCUCCCGUCGCCUCUGCGCACCCCGUGCCCCGCCGCCGUGCACCCAAACGGAGACACCCCACUAUCAAAGGGGCAGCGACUCUGGUUCCCUGCCAUUGCUUCCUGCAGGCAGAUCCCCAAGUUCAAUUUCCUAACACUCAUCCCGAAGCACCCCCCGCCCCCCCCCCCCGCUGCUCCUCUUUUUAAGGAACAAAAUCGGUGUUUUCGGUUCCAAGUUGCCUGGUGGUGUGUGUGUGGGAGUGGGGGGGGAGGGGGGGCGGGGAGGGACGGUGGGUGGAGAGCGACUCCCCCACCAGGAGAAGCAAAGGGUUUUGCACGUUUGGGGUCUCCGCUCCCAAAUGGCUCUCUCGUGUAAAGGCUAGAAAGCGUUUCUGCAGGAAGGAGGGAGACUGUGGGGAUGAGGGGCCAGGAUUGACCCCAAGUUUCUUUGCUCGGUGCCACGUGGUGUGGGGAGCGCUCUCUCUCCCCCACACCCCCCCCCCCGCCCCUUCCCGGUUUCAGUUGGAGCGAAGAGAGCAGGCGUGGUUUCUGUUCCGUGCCCCUUGCCCUCUUCUCCUCAGCCAGGACUAAUCUGUCACUUGCAUUGACACCCUUGCUGUAGAUGACGGGAGCAAUUCAUUAAUUUUUUAAUUGACGCCAGAAGACGAAAUCUCUCAGCUGACAGCACUUAGCUUGCUGGAUUUCUCCAGAUCCUAUCUUUUUUACGUUUCCCAAAAAAAAGGAAAAAAGAGAAAAGAAAAGGGGAAAAAAGCCAGUUAUUUAGCCAGUGACUAUUUGAGGUAGUUUUAGCUGCAUAUCGAUUGGUCCUUGGGGGGGAUUAAAACCAAAACCUAGACUUGGAGGGAGAAGGGCUUUGUUUUCUAGAGCAUCCUGAGCGGGAAGGCGAGGGAUUCCAGCAGGCUCUGCCCCUGGGAACCACAGUCGCUGGGACACCAGGAGCUGCAGGGCUGGGGGCUCUGGGGGCUGCUCUGUGCAUCUGAUGCAAGCAGGGGAGCUCCUCGGGGCUGGCCUAGGCCUACCCAAAUUCCAGAUAACGCCAGAAUUUCCAGCCCACGGCCCACCCUGUGACCCAAACCCUCACACUGGAAACGAAUGAUGAGGGUCCGCGUGGUUAUUUUGCCCUUUUAUUAAUUUGUCGGGAGGGGCACACCCGUUAGUGUUCAGGGGUAACUCCUGGUUCCGCACUCAGGAACUACUCCUGGUGGUAUUCGGGGACCAUGUAGGAUGCCGGGGAUUGAACCUGGGUCGGCCAUGUGCAAGGCAUAUGCCCUCCCCGCUGUGCUAUUGCUUUGGCCCUUAUUUUACCCUUUUAAAAAGCUGUUAUUAAUUUGUUUUCAUAGGACCAACACAUCUAGAUGGGUGCAAAGGGAUGCCUAUUAAAGUCCUCCCCGAGGCCUGGCCUCCCACGUCCCCCCUUUCUCUGAGACGGACAUGAUUUCCCUGGCAAACACUGCUUUAGAAUAGGGAAGCCUGGAGGGUCUGGUACGGUUUUCCUCCCCCACCCCUUUGAUCGCCUGUAUCAGCGCAUCCUACACAUUCUCAGAUCCGUGCACGAGGCUGCAUCCAUCUUUAGCAAGUAUUUCGAUGUAUCAAUCAAGUAAACGUACUGGCCUUUGGUAGUUGGCAGGACACUCCCAGGGCACCUUCACUGUGAGAUCCUAUUUUAUAAGGAAACCUUUUUUUUUUUAAUAUAUGAAUGUACUUAUACUUGUAGAAACCAACUCUUGAAUAUAUGCUGCUUAUUACACAAAGAGAAAUUUGAUGUUCCCCAAAAAAUUGUCUUCUAAGGAAAGCUGAUUUUGUCUUAUUAUUUUGGUUUUGGGGUCACACCCAGCGAUGUUCAGGGGUUACUCCUGACUCUGCACUCGGGAAUCCCUCCUUAUGAGACUCAAGGCAUUGUGUGAGAUUACGGGGGAUGAAACUCAGGUUUGCCACAUACAAGGCAAAUGCCCUCCCCGCUGUCCUGUCGCUCCCGCCCCAGAAUGCUGGUUUUGAAAGGAGAGUUGAAGUGAAUUAACUCCAGGGAGUUAUCUUGCUGAACUUGACACUUUCACUGAACGUAGACAUUAGAACGAUUGCACUUGAACUGGCCGAGUAGAACGGGACCGAUGGUGGGGUGGACACGGGAUGGAGUGUGUGGGUAAGAACUGCGAUUCUGUGUUUCUGCUGGAAGUAGAAUCUUCGUAUGAUAAGCUGAGCAGGACCUUUAUACAUGUCGAAUCUCUAUUACUUUAAAAUGUCCCCACCUUUCCUGCAUUUGUGUAUACAAAGAAUAAUAGCAGCUUGUUUUUUAAGAACACUUCCAUGUUUUAAAUACAAUUAAAACCAAGGAGCUAUUUAAAAUUUCAGUAUGGAAAUGUCUUCAGCUACCUGGACGAUUUCCAUCCCUGUCUUGACAAACACAGAUACUGCAUUUACAGCCUGGCU